AUGGCCGGCUUGGUCAGCUACGCCAGCAGCGACGAGGACAGCGCCGACGAGCAGCCUCAGAUGCAGGCUCCCGCGCCCUCGCAACAGCAGACACAACCACAAUCACAACCAUCACAGCCCGCGACAGCCACGGCACCAAAACCUGCACCUUCAAAUGCCAAACCGCCACAACCACAAGAGACACCCGCCCCCGGCGCCGCGCUUCCCCCUCCCAGCGGCGCAGCACUCGGCCCAUCCCUCCCACCCAUGGACACACCUACCACAAUCUCUCUUCCCGAGCCGUCCUCCGACGACCAUAACCCCCCCGCCGCCGCGCCCCCUCCUUCAUCGCCCUACACCACCACCCGGUCCCUCAUCCACGACCUCACCCUGCCCUCCGUUCCCAACUUCGACAUUCCCCCCUCCCCACCGGGCUCGCCGUCGCCCUCUUCCGGCACCACCAACGCCAAGCUCGAGCAGUUCCUGUCCCUCAAGCGAAAGGGCACCCACUUCAACGCCAAGCUCGAGCAGUCGUCGGCGCUGCGCAACCCGGCGCUGACGGACAAGCUGCUGCAGUUUGUCGACAUCCCGCCGCCGGGCGGAGGGGAGAGGGGCCUGCAGUACACGACGACGCUGUCGGGGGAGCUGUGGAGUCCAGACGCCUUCCCGGCGUGGGCGUUUCGCGAGAAGCUCAGGAAGGGCAGAGACAAAGUGGCCAAGGAGAGGGAGGCGGCGAGGGCGGCGCCGGGACGAAGCGGCGUGGAGUUUGUGUCGGGGGCGACGACGGCGGUGGCGACGACGGGGGGAGGGGGGCUGAGUAAAGGGGAGAAGCGAAGAGGUGGGUGGCAAUAA